CUUUUUUUUAUCGUCAAUGAGUGAAUGAAUAAACGAAAGAAAUCGUUUUUAUUUAAAAAAAGGAGAAAAUAAUAUGGGAUCUCCCGAACUACCUGAUCCAGGUGAAGAUGACCUGAGGGCAACGCAAAUUGCUUAUAAUGACAUCGGCGAAGCUGACGACGAGAGCGACAAUGGAUCUGUACAAGAUGAUGGAACCUAUGAGGGAUAUGAACCGUUAGCCAUGGAUGAUGUGGAUUACGAUAACACGAUACACGUGGAAAACCAUAGCUACGAAUCAAAUAUUCGUGCUGUUAACGAAGAAACUUUCUCGGGAAUACAGGAUAAUUUGAAUUUGCCAUCUAUUGAAAGCAUUGAUGUGGAAUUGGAACGUGAAGUGUGGAUUCAGCCCAGACCUCAGGAAUUGCAAAUUGAAUUGGAUAAUAAUAAAACUCAGCAGAUACUCAAUGCGAUGGCUAAUUUUAGUUUGCCAAGCACUGCUGUGCCUGAAUGGGCUACAGGCGUGUCCGAAGACAGUUGGAAAGAGGAAUUAUUGCAGCGUAUCAGAGAGAGGACACAAUUGGCAAGCAGGACAAAUGCAGGCUUAAAGGAAUAAUCUGCAAUGAUUCGUAUGAAUAAUGCAUAAAUAUAUUUAUGCGAUGAAAAAGAAUGAAUUUGGCUUUUUUUAUUUCAACAUUUCCUUUC